AGAGGUGAAGAAGAAUUCCUUUCUUGCAUCCGUCGUCGUGAUUCGUGUGGUGUUUAACGUGAAACUUGAGGAUACAUAUUUUCUGCUGUUCUGUGCUACCAUUUUCCGAAAUCAUCGAGCUAACUUUGGAGAACGAAAGCCCAACAACCGCUCCCGGGGACAGGAACCAAAUUUGGGGAAGUGAGUGCGGUUGCUUGAACGCAUACCAAUAGUGGUAGCGGCAGCUGGGGAUCGUUUGGUGCCAGCCAAACGAUUGAUAAGCCGAUCGGCAAAGGUUAACACAGCGAAGCAGCACCACGCAUCUUCCGGCUCCGUCAUCCCGGACUCUUCCGCCUCGUCUAUCUGCGAGUACGGAGCACUGCUAGAACUGUGUCGCGAUCGUCCAUCUGCCUGCUGGCUGCUUGUGAUCGCUGCUUCGAUUGAUUAGCAACGCUCUAAACGUCGAAUAGGAUCGUGCGUGCGUGCGAGCGUGCGAGCGUGCGUGUGUCUGUUAUCUUUGUUGUGGUUGUUGUUGGUGUGCGCGCCAGUGAGCGAGCAGGCCUUCCUCGCGGCAGGAUCCUCGGGAGCAGCGAGAUGGGUGACGCGAUCAACUUCGGACCGGCGUGGUUGCGCAAGGGAGGUACCCCUGCGUACGACACUAAAACCAGUAGCAACAGUAGCAGCAGCAGUAGCAGCAACAAUCAUCACGUUAACAGUACGAGCAACAACAGCGGCAGUAGCAACAGCAGCAGUGGCCAACACUCGAACACCAACAAUAUCAUUACCCUCGCCAACAACAGUGGCGGUGGUGGUGGUGCCGGACUGCACCACCAGCCACUCCAUUCCCACCACCACCAUAACUCGCAUCCUGGGCUACUAGCGCACAGUGGCAGUGGCAGUGCCAUUGGUGGUGGUGGUGGUGGUGGUGUUGGUGGGAGCGGUGCUGGCGGUGGCACUGGUGCCGCUGCUGGCACAGGGGGUGGAAUGACUAACAACUCUAACUCGGGUGGUGGCGCCACUAGCGCUGCUGCUGCUGCCGCUAAUAAUGGUACAUCCACUACUCGAUAUGCGUUGGCCGAGUUCCGUUAUGGGCGCGAGGAGAUGCUCGCACUGUUUGACCUGAAAACGCUCAAGGGCCCGGAGAUACUGGUCAACUAUAAGCAUCUGUAUGUGGAGAAGGCCCAACCACCCCUCGCGCUGACUCCCUGCCCGGAGGAGGAGCUCGUUGCUGAACCGGAUCCCAGGCGCAUUUGGCAAACAAGAAGUAUUUCGACGGGAAUACCGAGCCGCGGUGCUGGUCGCGGCGUAUCGGUCGAUCGAGGUCGAGGUCGUGGACGGGGCGUCUACACGAGCUACACCCGUUCAACCUCUUUCUACGAUGAUGAGUCCAGAGGUGUAGGAAGAGGUGAACGACCGUGGCUGGAGCGGAAUGGUGUAACCGGUGGUAGCGGCACUUUGGGUGGCGGCGGAGGAUUAGGUGAUGUGGAGUGGAACAGCUCGUCGUCCAGCCCUAGAAAGGAUUUUGGUUCGCGGAUCCGUUCGACGGGCGGCAGCGGUGCGUCGUCGGGUACGAUGGAAAGUUGGCGUCGUUCGCGUACCGACGAUGAGACGGGCACGGGCAGCAACGGGGGGAUUGCCGGUGGUGACUGGCGCUCCGGUGGUGGUGCUGGCGGCGGCCUCAGUAGCAGCAGUAGCGGAGGGCGCGAAAAGUGGACCCGUUCGACGAGCUGGCGCGAUGAGGACGGGAACUCGCACCACGGACUGAACACCAGCAGCAGUGAGCGGAUGAUCUCGGUGCCACCGUACAAAUCGCGUCUUAACUCUUCCGGCGGUCACGGUAACACGGAGCUACACAAUAGCUCGUCCGGUGGCAGCAUCAAUAACCACUCGCUCCAUGGAUUGGAUAAACGCCGUCAGCACUACGACGCGGACGAGUUGCCCGAGUGGGCAACCGAAAACCCGUGCGACUUUGGCGGCAGCUUCGACGCGACCGGUGCGUUCCACGAUUCCGACAAUGAUGAGCGAGAGGGGGGAGCUGCUGGACACCACGGCGGCGCUGGUGGUGGUCGUACGUACGAUGACGCUGAUGAUGCGAAUGGUCGACCGUCCUAUCAUUCAUCAACCGGUUCGAAAGCUGUCGAUCGUUCAAAACCGACAACGGUGACCGGGAGACGUGCGGGCAAUGUUACUGCGGCAUCGGGUGAAGAUGGACCGGCUGAAGAUUCGUCGACCUCCGCUGCAUCCUCUUUGUCCUCAUCGUCCGGUGGAGGAGUCGAAGGAGGAGCAGUAAAGCGUGGUGGAGGUAGAGAUGACACGAACCAUUCUACGAAUCACGUCGGUGUCGUGGAAGAAACAAAUUCCAGUCAUUUGACUGGUGCUGCUGGUGAAGCCGGAGGAGCAGAGCAUGCUGAACGGCAGCAGCAGCGACAGCAACAGCAGGAGCACGGUCACGACAACCGGUCACCAUCGAAAGAGGCGAAGGAACGGCGGCUCCCUGUAGAUGAUGGUGCCGAGCGCCAGUCACGCGAUUCAGUCGAAUCGGGACCAACGAAUGAGAUUCCUUCGGCGUGGCAGCAGAAGCAGCAGCAGCAAUCGCACGAAUCGAGACCAUCGAGUGCCAGUGGUGGUGGUGGUGGUGACGCUGUUGCUGCACUGGAAAAUGCUGGCGAUGGCGGCCCUGGAAGCAAUCAGCAGCAGCGGUCUUCAUCGUCUGCAUCGUUGGCAACCGCCGCUGGCGGUGGCAGUAGCGAGCCAAAGAAAUCCCCUUCCAGUACGAGCGUCGAUCGGAUGCAAGAGGUAGCGGACGAUAUGGUGGCGCAGCUUAUAAUGGAUGACGAGUUUCUGGCGACCGAUGGUGAUCCGUCGGUGAUAUCGUCCUCCGUGGCUGGUUCCACCGCUGCUGGACUGAACAAAUCGCCUGUCUUCGGUGGCAGUGGCCCCAAUGGAGGAUCGGCGUCGAUGGCCACCGGGGGAAUUGGUGGUAUAGCGGGCGGUAGCGGCAAUAUGCCGCUCAACAUGAUGCUUCCGAAGGGCGCUCACCUUCCAAUGCCACAACCUAACGCGAUGCACCACGGCGGUGGUGGUGGUGGUGGUGGUGGUGCUGGUGUUCACCGUGGCGUUAAUGCACACCUCAUGCCGGACCCGAACAAUCGACUGGUGCCGGGUGCGACCGGGUCGAUCUCGCAACUACAACACCAACUGAUGCAAUCGGGCCCAAUCCCGGGCUCCGACGUCUGGUUCUACCGGGAUCCGCAAGGAAAGGUGCAGGGACCGUUCCCGGCCUCCGAAAUGACGGAAUGGUAUCGUGCUGGUUACUUUGACGAUUCGUUGUCGGUACGGAGAGCCUGCGAUGAAAUGUACACCACGCUCGGAACGCUGGUGACGCUCUGUGCCGGCGCUAUUCCGUUCCUUAACUCGAUGUCUAUACCACCGAUCAAACCGCCAAUUGGUAUUGGCGGUGGCAACGAGGGUGGUGUUGCAGGGGCCAAACAUUCCCCUCAGCAGCAGCAGCAGCAGCAGCAACCCUCGGGUUCUGGUCAAUCGAAGGCGCAAGCAUCGGGUGGACAGCAAUCGGCGGGAAGCGGUGGUGCAGCUGGUCCUCAAACGCAACAGCAACCGUCAAUGCAUCCUGGUGCCACCGGUGGUGGUGGCGCUCCACCGACAGCGGGCGGAGGAGGUGCAGGUAGCAUGGAGCACGAGAUACUCAUGACCAAGCGACUGCACAUUAUGCGCCAGCAACACCUACUACUGCAGAAGCUGAACGCCUCCGAUGGAUGGCAUUUGCUGCCACCCGAGCAGCAGAAUGUCAUCAUAGCGCAGCAAAUGGCCCAGCUGAUGAGUGCCGAAGGGAUGCUGAUGUCCCCGGGCCAGCAAUCAGCGGUAGGACCAACGCCACCGGGGGCUGGCGGUGCCGGCGGUAUAUUCGGUGGUGGCGGUUCCGGUGGUCUGCCGAUACCGGGCCAACAAGAUGCACUAGUCAACCUGAAGCUACGGGAGAUGCAACAACUUCCGCCGCAACCGACACCCCCCUCACAACUGCCAUUGCUGGAGCAGCUGCAAAAGUCCGGCACCCACCAGCAGCACAAUGCCAACAAUGCCUUCUUGAAACUGCAUUUGCCCGAGUUCGCUCAGUCACAGCCACAGCUGCCAGGGGGAGGAAGGCCAAUGAUGGGUCUGAUGAAUGUGGAUUCAUCUGCGGCAGCGGCGGCUGUCCACGAUCCGUUAAGUCAGCUGAUGCACGGUAUUAACUUUAAUCAACCUCCAGUACAAAGCCUAGGCCCGCUUGGGCCAACUAACAUGAUGUUGAACCGGGGCGCACCAUUGCAACCAUCGCAGCAAUCGCAGCAAACGGCACAGCAAGGGCCGCAACCGCACCAUCCCCCUAACAAGCCACCAAGUGUGGAGAACGAUCCGCUGCAGUUGUUUAUGCAACUAUCACUGCACAAGAAUCAACAACAGUCUCAAAUAACAUCUCAGCAGCAGCAACAGCAGCCUCCCAAAUCUGCUGCAGAACUGAUCACUCCUUGGCUGCACACGGGACCUUCUCCACAGCAGCAGCAACAACAACAAGCACAGCAACCACCAAGUAGUGGUAUGGGUGGUGUGAUGGGACGUAAUGGUGGUGCAGCCUGGGGUGAGCUUCCACCUCCACCGGCGAGUGCCUCGUUUGCGUCACUGAUGCAACAGCAGCAGCAGCAGCAGCAACAGCAGUCAACCCCACAACAGCACCCCAUCACUGGGCAUCCGUUGCUGAUGGGUGGACCUGCUAGCAAUGAACCACAGUCACUAUCCGUUGCCUCAUUCUUCAAGCACCAUCAACAAGACAAACAGCAACAACUGGAAAAGGAGCAGCUUAUGCAACAACAGCCUCAGGAGCAACAGCAGCAUUUCCAGCAGCUCCAGCAGCAGCAUCAACAGCAGCAGCAACCGGAUGGUGGACUGCUUGCUCAACAGAAAUCACAGCACCAUCAGCAGCAGCAGCAACAACAAUCGGCCAUUGUACCGCAGCACGUGCACGAGCAGCAUCAGCUGAUGCAACAGCAGCAGGUCCAGCAGCACCAAUUACAACAGCAACAAUACGGCGAAGAAGAACGGUUCAAUCAAAAGCAACCACCAACCAAGGAAGGGCAGAAGCGAGAAACGGUCGAUGGGUCCAUGAUGCAACAGCAGCAAAGUGCGAACAACAAAAAGGCAGCAUCCACCAAGAAUCAAGCCGAGGUUGACGAGAAGGUAGCGGGCGGCAGUGGACAGCAGCAGCAAAAAACGAAAAGGCAAGCUGGAGGUGUUGGUAAAGCCAAUCAUGUGGCUGCCAGCAGCAGCAGCACCAGCAGUAACAGCAGCAGCAGCAACGGCCAUAACAAUGGUGCCCAGCUCGAUGAGGAGAACGAGUUCAUUAAGGUGAAGAAUGAAAUGGAAGAGAAAAAGCGCCAGAAGGAAAUGAAGAAACUGCAGCAGGAAGAACAUAAGCGAAAGCUGGCCGAAGAAAAGAAGCGUCUGGAUGAGCAGGAUGCUCAGAAGAAGGCCAAGCUGCUUGAAUCGCAGCGUCGCGAAGCGUCCAAGAUACAAGAGCAGCAGCAACAACAGCAACAGCAACCGUUACAGCAGCAGCAGCAGCAUGUCCAGCGCCCACCACCUAGCAAGCCUGCCCCGUGGUCCGCUGCGGUGGCCGAGGUAGCGACCAGUGGGCUCAGCUUGGCGGAAAUCCAGAAGGCGGAACGUGAGCGCCGUGCCCUGCUAGCGCGCCAAGAGCAAAGCUUGCGCGAGCAGCAGGAACAACAGCAGCUGAUCGAGAUGCAAUCGCAGCUGGACAGCAAGCUCAAGUGGAACGCCCAGAACCUGGUGCCGGCGAAUGUGAAACCACUGGCCGAGAUACAGGCCGAGGAAGCGGCGGCUGCUGAGCGUGCGCGCGAGAAGAACGUCGGUGUCGGUGGCGGGCUGACGGUGGCUGCUAUCGCCGCUCAACCACCGAAGGGGGGAGGCAGUAUCAAAAAGGAGGAACCCUCGCUUGCAUUCGGGUCAGCCGUUUGGCAAGGCGCCAGCGGUAACACCCUGCAGUACUGGAACUCGUCAAAGGCCUGGGGAGGCGAUAGUGCCGCAGAGCUGGGCACGUUUGCCGCAGCCAGCGCGGUAACCGGCAACAGUAUCAGCUCGGCCGGUGGUUUCUGGGAAGAACCGGUACAACCGAUCACCGCUGCUACGGUAGCAGCGGCCAACACCAACAACAACAAGGUCGGUGCCGUGAACACCCGUAAGCCACAGCCACAAACAACAACGGCGGCUGCAGCUUCCUCGACUGCUGCUGGCUCCAAUGCAGCCAAACAGCAAAUGUUAAGCAAAAGCAAGACCAUGGGCAGCAUUUCAACCAGCUCUUCGACGUCGGUCAAUGCCGCUAAAAGUCAGCAACAGAAGCAACAACAAUCGACCGCCGGUGAGCGUUCGGCAAAGGGCUCAUCCGGUGGCUCAUCGAAGACAGCUUCGGGCGGUGGUAAAAAUGCUAACGCGUGGAGCGCCAGCUCGAGCGAUCGGAAAGAGGAUCGCAAGAACCAGAACGAGCAGGGCGGCAAUGAGUUUACCAGCUGGUGUUCACGAGCUCUCAGUUCGCUGAAUAGCAACGUCGACAUUCCAACGUUUGUUGGUUUUCUACAAGACAUCGAAUCACCGUACGAGGUGAAGGAUUACAUCCGUCUAUACUUAGGUGAAACGAAGGAGUGUUCGGAGUUUUCGAAGCAAUAUCUCGAAAGACGCUCCAAGUACAAAAAUCAGCAGCGCCAAAAGAAUGCCCACAUUGAUGAUAUGUGCAAACCGGCACCGGCUAUAAAUCCAUCAGCGAAUGAUUUCCAAGAAAUCAAAGGUAAGGGGAAAAAAAUUAAGAAGAUUAAGAUGCACAAACUCGAUAACCGGAUUUUGGGCUUCUCCGUAACGGCGGCACCGGAUCGGCUGAAUGUCGGCGAUCGAGACUACGGCGACAAUGCUUAACAGAGAAAGGUUGAAAGGCCUCGCUCGCAAGCAAGAAGAAGGAAGGCAGAUACUGCUUAGGAGAUAGGGCGCCGUCGAUGGGAGAGAGCGAGCGAGUGAGAGUUGCCCAGGCAACGAGAAAGGAGCGAAUAGCAGGAGGGAGAAUUGGCGAAAGAGAGAUCAUUGUGUGGACACUUUUCGAGGACUUCGCGGCGGCACAUUGCCAUUUGUGAACGUUUUUCUUCAGGAUUGUUUUCCUCUUUUCUCGUACAAUAUCAUGGAUACAGACACCACAUCAACCAAUGUUACCGGCGCUCUCUCUCUCUCACUGGUUCGUAUCGCUGGUUGGAUUGGAUGGAUUGUUAUAAAGUGUUUUAUCUUUGUGCUCCUUUCA